GUAUUUGUUUACUUGGAAGUUUUUCUUUUCACUGUAAGCGGGUGUACUCUGCUCUGGGUUGUAUUCUCUACUCCUAGAAAGGUGUUUGACAUUUAGUUAAGACAAAUAUAUAGGAAUUACGGAAUCUACAGCCCCGCCUGCGGUUUUGACAUUAUCUUUCAAACCCUCAUACAAGGUGACUUCAGAUAAAGGACCCUUAGCUGCACUGGCCUGGGAAGCCAGAGAGAGAUCUCUUUUCUAGUGGUGAUAUAUGGCCACUAAGUAUUCGGGUGAACUGAGUAUUUUGAAAUUAGUAAUAAAGUCUAGGACAAAACAUUGACCAGACUCCUGAGGGAGCAGUAGUGCCCGGAGAGGUGUGCCAACAGUUUUUCUCUACCUUUUCCCCUAUCUGUGUCCUCCAGGCUCCCCCCACCCAUCUCCCCCAGGCUCUGAACAGAGGCGAUCUAGGGCUUGGAAGGUUUGAAGUGGGCAGAAUCAGUUUAGCCUGGAAAGUGACUCUGGCAGUUGAACAGUCUCAGGCGGAGGGAGUCCCAGCCCAGAUUCGGGAGAGCCCUGCGAACCGCCGGGCGUCCAUGCGGCCUCCGGGGCGGCAGGGGGCGCCCCCGGCCGCGAGCCUCUGCCCCGCGGCCGCAGUGGGGCGGGGCCACGCCCGGCCGUUGGCGAAGGGCGGGCGGAGGGCUCGGCCUGAGAGGCGGAGCCCGGGUGGCUUGUCACACCGUUCCCGCGCUGGGCGACUGCCGUCGCUUCUUCGGACCGCGGCUAGAGCCUCGCUAGAACGCUGUGCUGUUCCCCGACGCCAGACCGCUUAGCUGAUAUCUUCAAAAUGGCUGAUAAUUUGGAUGAAUUUAUUGAAGAGCGAAAAGCCAAAUUGGCCAGAGACAAAGCAGAAUUGGAAAGUGAUCCACCGUACAUGGAAAUGAAGGGAAAAGCAUCAGAGAAGCUUUCUGAAAACAGUAAAAUAUUAAUCUCCAUGGCUAAGGAAAACAUACCACCUAACAGUCAACAGACAAGGCGUUCUUUAGGAAUUGAUUAUGGAUUAAGUUUACCACUUGGGGAAGACUAUGAACAGAAGAAACAUAAACUGAAAGAAGAAUUGCGACAAGAUUACAGACGCUAUCUUACUCAGAAAAAUUUUCUAUCCACGAGUGAAACAGAUCCAUCUACUCUGGGAGUUUCUCUUCCUAUUGGUGAGAGGUUAUCUGCUAAGGAAAGGUUGAAACUUGAACGUAACAAAGAAUACAAUCAAUUUCUCAGGGAUAAGGAAGAAUCCACUGAAAAGUUCAGACAGGUAGAAAAGAGUACUGAGAAGAAUCAAAGAAGUAAAAAACCUAUCAGUCAGGUUAAACCUGAUUUACCUUCACAAAUACAAUCAUCUUGCGAAAAUUCAGAGGGUCCUAGAAAAGAUGUCUUAACUCCUUCAGAGGCAUAUGAAGAACUUCUAAAUCAAAGACGACUAGAAGAGGACAGGUACCGAAAAUUAGAUGAUGAAAUUGAAUUAAGGAACAAUAGAAGAGUCAUUAAAAAGACUGAUGAAGAAGUGGGUGUUUCCAGUAAAAAACAUCAAAGGUUUGACAGCAAGACUGACAUUCCAGAUAGAAGAUUUCACAGGUUUAAUGAGGAUCGUGCUUUUGAUAAACAGUCUUACAGACCAGGCUAUGAUCCAGAAGUAAGUGAAGACAUGGAUGAGAGGUUUAGAUAUGAAAGUGAUUUUGAUAGAAGACUUUUGAGAGUUUAUACAAAAGACAGAGUUGCACCUCUGCCUCCACCUCCCAUGCUGCCCCCUUUGGCUGCGAACUACCGAACUCCUUACGAUGACGUGUACUAUUUCUAUGGGGCCAGGAAUACUUUGGAUCCUAGUCUUGCUUAUUAUGGUUCAGGGAUGAUGGGAGUACAGCCUGCUCCUGCUCCUUAUGUUACAGCUCCUGUCACCCACCAGCCAGUACAGCCUAUCGUGAGUACAGUUGGACAGAAUGAGCUGAAAAUUACAAGUAAUCGAGCAAUAAAUUCAGGAUUGUUUUUUGAAGACAAACCAAAGCCUUCAAAACAGUCAUUUCAGUCUUACCAGGAAGCUUUGCAGCAGCAGAUUCAAGAAAGACAAGAAAGAAGAAAGAAAGAACGUGAAGAAAAAGAAGUAUAUGAAGCCAAAUUAGAAGCUGAAAUGAGAAGUUACAACCCCUGGGGGAAAGGUGGAGGUGGUGCUCCUCUGAGAGAUGACAAAGGAAAUCUGAUAACUGAUUUGAAUAGGAUGCACAGACAAAAUAUAGAUGCCUACCAUAACCCAGAUGCAAGAACAUAUGAAGAUAAAAGGGCUGUUGUAUCUCUAGACCAAAAUUUAGCCACUUCAAAUGCUGAGAACCAAGAAGAUGCUGCAAAUAAAAACUCAGGUCAUAUGCAAACACAGAGCUCUCCUUUUGCUCGGGGAAAUAUUUUUAGUGAGCCUCCAACUGAACUUCAGAUUAAACAGCAGGAAUUAUACAAGAAUUUUCUUCGUUUUCAGAUUGAGGAAAAGAAGCAAAGAGAAGAAGCAGAGCGAGAGAGAUUAAGAAUUGCUGAAGAAAAAGAAGAAAAACGGCUUGCAGAACAGAGAGCUCGAAUCCAGCAAGAGUAUGAAGAGGAGCAGGAAAAGAAAAGGGAGAAAGAGGAGGAGCAAAGACUGAAAAACGAAGAGCUUAUUCGGUUAGCUGAAGAAAGACGAAAAGAAGCAGAAAGAAAGAAGAAAGAAGAAGAAGAAAAACAUAACCUACAACUUCAGCACUACUAUGAAAGAGAAAACGUGAUUGGGGAAGAUACAAAGCACUUGAGACAGCCUUCUCCUGUGGUUCCUGCUCUUCAGAAUAAGAUUGCAAGCAGACUCCAAAGACCUCCUUCAGUUGACAGCAUUAUAACUUCCUUUACUCAGGACAGUUCCAUGUCCAUGGCACAAUCUCCUCCGGUACCUGCCAGGAAAAACCAGCUUCGUGCAGAAGAGGAGAAAAAAAAUGUAAUUAUGGAAUUAUCAGAAAUGAGAAAACAGCUUCGUAGUGAAGAGCGACGUCUGCAGGGGCGGUUACUACACAUUGAUAGUGACGACGACGUUCAUAUAAGGAAAAGAGAAAGUUCCAUGGAUGUAUUUGAUAUGGCCAGACAUCGGUUACAAGCUCCCGUCAGAAGACCGUCACCUAAGAGCUUAGACUCUGCUUCUUCUCAGAAUAUUCAUGACUUUAAGGAGCUGAAAGAUAGAGAUUCAGAAACGCGAGGUGAUCCGAAAUCUAUGUACCCAGAUGAUCCAAGAGAUAAUGACACCUUGGAGAUAGAACAGCAAGCCUUGCUAAGAGAGCAGCAGAAGAGACUGAAUAAACUAAAAAUGCAGGAAGGUGCUAAAGUUGACUUGGAUGCUGUCCCAAGCACUAAAGUUCGAGACCACAGAAUGCCCAGAGAGGACACUGAUGAUUUCUUGAAAAACUCAUUAUUAGAAUCUGAUAGUGCUUUUAUUGGUGCGCAUGGCGAGACGUACUCGGCCAUUGAGGAUGGGGGCUUCCUGCUGCUGUCUCCGCUGCCCUCCGCCAGAGAGCGCAGAAGGAACAAACUGAAAGGAUUGGACUUUGAUAACAGUCACCCUGAUGUGCCACCAGAUGGUGUCUCUUUAAAAUCUGUAUCCAGUAUAAAUAUUGAUCAGCUUAGAAUGAGAAAUGAAGAACGAAUGCGAAGACUGAAUGAACUUCAGAAUAAACCUAUUACUACAGAUGAUGAGAGUUCACUGGUUGACCCUGAUGACAUCAUGAGGCACCGGGGUGACGACGGAUCAAACUCUGUGGCCACUGAGCCCUGGCUCCGGCCAGGCACCUCAGAAACACUGAAGCGAUUCAUGGCGGAACAGCUGAGGCAGGAGCAGCAGCAGGGUCCUGGCAAACCAGGCGCUUUCACCUGGCAGGGACUGUCUACUGCACACGGUUAAAAUCAGUCUGUACUGGACCCAGUAGUGCCUUUGAAGGUGAAAGGCAUGUGAAACCUGAACCUGAAUAAUAUGUGCUACUUUUGGCCUGUACAUGGCAGUUACUCAUAUUCCAUCUGUAUAUAAGGUAUAUUUUUUCCAUGAUGAUGUAUAUGAUGUAUUUAUAUUAUGUACAUAAAUAAAAAGCCAUGGCUAUUUAUAUAAUGUAGAAUUGUAUAGAAUUAUUUUUGCACAACUUUUGCCAUAAACUAGGGUGGUAAUGAACUCUCACAAUCAACUACCGUAUGUGCAUUAUUUUAAAUUCUGCUUGUAAGAUAAGGUGAAUAAAACAAGUAUCUUAACAGUACUGUAAGACUACUCUUUGCUAUAUGUACAUCUGCUAUUGUUAUCACUAUUCAAAAUCAUUUUUCACUUAGUAAAUAUACUGGUUAUAGCUGUUGCUCUGUAAUCAGAAUCAGAUGUGCUACUUCCAUUUCAUUUAGAACUACUGACUCAGUAUAAAUGAGUUGUUACUAUCUCCUGUGAGCCAUGCACUUACAUGUCACAUCUUUCUGCCUCUAUUUCUGUGCCAGUGAAGGCAGUAAGUUUGCUCUUUUUAUGAUGUAAUUAAUUACUUCUUGAUAAAAAUAAAUUAUUUUUAUUACCAA